AUGCUGGGUGAGCGCGCAAAAUGGCCGUUGGCUCCGCCGGCGCUGCAGGCGCCCCCGCCGCCGCCUCCGCCUCCGCCUCGACGUUGCCGUCGGGGUUUCCGCCCGAGUCCGGUAGGCCGCGCUGGAUUCAUUUCUAAAGUUCUUGAAUGGGAAGAUAUUUUAUGUCUGGAGGACGGCGUGGCGGCGCGCACUCGAGUCGUUAUUGUUUGUUCCUCGGCUGCUUCCAAGCCCUCCACGCGCCAAAAGGGGGAGGGGAAGAAAAGUUCCCGAAUUCGCCGCGCCUCGCAAGGAAAUAACAAAAUGAAACUGGAAAACAAAGUGUUCCAGCAAUGCCGCACACUGGGGUAG